CGUGUGUGAAGUGCAGGCCUUGGACAAAGCCGUACGGUCCGUAGAAAUUUGCAAAUUUUUCGGUAAAAAUAUGCCCUUGGGUGGCUAAAAGUAUCUGAAUUCGAGUGCUGAAAUCGUCCGCAAACAGUGCAACAUGGAAACGGUUCGCGUGUUCAAUCAGGAGCUCUCGGGGCUGUAUGAGGCCAAGCCGCCGAUCUCCAAGGCCAAGAUGGCCUCGAUUACCAGGAGUGCGAUGAAGGCCAUCAAGUUCUACAAGCACGUCGUGCAAAGUGUGGAGAAGUUCAUCUCCAAGUGCAAGUCGGAGUACAAGAUACCGGGUCUGUACGUGAUCGAUUCGAUUGUGCGCCAAUCGAGGCAUCAGUUCGGGGCGGAGAAGGAUGUUUUUGCGCCGCGCUUUGCCCGCAAUAUGGAGCAAACGUUUGCGCACCUGUUCCGCUGUCCGCCGGAGGAUAAGAGUAAAAUCAUCCGUGUGUUGAACUUGUGGCAGAAGAACAUGGUAUUCGCGCCGGAGGUCAUCCAACCUCUCUUCGAUCUGGCCAACCCGGAGCAUCCGCUGCACCUGCAGUACAACGCUGCGCAAGCGGCGGGUGGCGGUGCCGAAGGAUCCGGUGGUUCCAACGGAAUGAAUACCUCAGCCCUGUCGCACGAUUCACCGGGACCGAUGUCCCACGACGACCACGGUAGUUCGGCACAAACGUCGGAAACGAAGGGUCUGGAUCCCAACACCAUCCGGCAGUUGCAACAGUUCCAGCAACUUUUGCUGCGCCAAACCAGCGGUAGCGAUGCCCACGGUUCCAGCAAAGAUCAAGUCAAGUUCAACAAGAAACUGCUGGACUUUGACUACGGUAGCGAAGAAGACGACGACAAGAACUCGCCGUCGGUUCCCUCGACUUCGCUGCCCGACGGGAACAACAUUGCCCAGAUCCUGUCGGACCCGAAUGUGCUGAAGCAGCUGCAGAACCUCCAGAAGCUGAAGCAGGAAGAGAAGCAAACCAAGCUCACCGAGAUGCGCCUGCAGGAGGAGAAGUUCGAAAAGCAUCUGGCCAGCGUACUCAAGGUGGCUAGCAAUAUUCAUACUGCCGACAACAAGCAGCUUAUGAACAAGCUCCCGUUUGCCAACGAGUGUGACUUGAGUCGCCAGCCGACGACGACCAUCGAUCUGAGCGGAGGCAUUCCUUCAUCUAAAGAGGGCGAUGGAGACGACAUUGUUACAGAGGUCAUCAGCGAUACGCAUAGCUCGUCACCACGAAGCACGGCAGCAGACCAGUACAAGUCAUCUUCGUCUUCGCGACGCCGAAAGAGCCGUUCCCGUUCCCGUGAUCGCCGUGACCGGGACCGCAAUCGUCGCCGUUCCCGUUCCAGAUCGCGCAGCCGGAGUCGAUCGCAUUCACGAGGACGUGGCCGUGGAGGACGUGCUUCGUCCCGAGACCGCGAUAGAGAUCGUACCAGCCAGAAGGACAAGGAACGUGAUAAGGAACGUGAGAGGGAGCGCAAGAAGCGUGGACUGCCGGAGAUCAAGAAGGAACAUCUCAGUGUUUGCAGUACGACCUUGUGGGUUGGCCACCUGUCCAAGUUGGUUCAACAGGAAGAGCUAUCCGAUACGUUUGGCAAAUAUGGCGACAUUGUUAGCAUCGAUUUGAUCCCUCCCCGCGGGUGUGCAUUUAUCGUAAUGAAUCGCCGUCAGGAUGCGUACAAAAGUAUGCAAAGCCUGAAGAAUCACAAGAUGCAUGGCCGGACCAUUACCAUUUCCUGGGCCACCGGUAAAGGUGUCAAGAGCAAGGAAUGGAAAGAUUACUGGGAUAUUGACUUAGGGUGCAGUUACAUUCCGUGGAGCAAGCUGAAUCAUAAUACCGAUCUGGAAAGCUUGGAAGAGGGAGGCAUGCUGGAUGAAGAAACCAUGCCACCGUGGAUGAAAGACAAGAUUACAAACGCUUCCAAGAAGAAGGACGGUGAUCCGGCAGGCAUAAUCAAUCCGUUGUAUGCCGUCGAUACCAGCCAACCGCCACCGACAGCUGCAAUGAUGGCCGGAAUGCCUGCAAUGACCACGUUCCCGAUCGGUGCCGUUGGAGCCGUUGGCGCCGUUCCACGCUUGCCCAUAAUGGGACUUCCGAUUGUACCCGGUUUGGGUAUCAACGUUCCGCCGCCGAACCUCAUGAUGGCCAGCGGAAUAAACAAUCCUCCGCCGCUUCCAAUGGCUGCCGGAUUUGGUGUGUUGCCGCCUCCGCCGCCAUCCCAGGGCGCACCUUCGAACGUGGCCGGAGGUGGUGAUGAAAUGGACAUCGAGAUGGAAGACGAAGGUUCAAACCAAAGCCACGGGCAUCCACCCGGAGGGAUACCACCGGCCAAUGCGGCCUUCUUCAACCAGCCUCCGCCUCCGCUGAUGCCGCCAAAUUCACUGCCGUUCAAUCGCAAUCAGCAGGAGAACAACGGAGGGGACCGUGGUGGUUUCAAUCGAAACGAAAAUCAAGAUCAGGAUCGCAGAAAUCGUGGCGAUUUCGAUCGCCGAGGUGGUGGCAGAGAUCGGGACCGUGGAGGACGAGACGAUCGUGGGGACCGGGGUGGUCGUGAUGAUCGGGACGGUCGUGGCAGGAGAAACUUCAGAGACAAUGAAGGCGAGCGGAACGAGCGGCCAAGCCGCUGGGGAAGCAAUGAUCGGAACAACUUUGGCAACCGUGGUGGCAGUGAUAGUGGUCGCGAUGAAAGGCCUCUGUCCGAAAGGUUGCGAGAGUUGGCCGGGGCGGACUUUAGUCAGCAGCAGCAGCGUGGUGGCGACGGCGGCAACGAUGGACAGCAGCAGUUUGGUGGCGGAAGGAACUUCCGUGGUGGUCGCAAUAACAACAUGAACGAUGGUGGCGAUGAGUUCAACAAUCGCGGUGGUAACGAUUUCGGAGGUCGUGGUAACUUCCAGCAAGGUGGUCGUUUCAACAAUAACCAGCGAGGUGGUGGACGAUUCAACAACCGUGGCGGUGGAUUCAUGCAAAAUCGUGGAGGUCCAGAUGGCGAAAACAUGCAAGCCAUGAACAUAAUGUCAUUGCUCAACAUUGAUCCUUUCUUCGGUGGUAACAAUAACGAGCAAGGCGGUGGAGACGACGAGCAACAGCAGCAGCGGUUCUUCGAUCGUGGCAACGAAGGUGGUAACUUCAAUAACCGACGUUCGAACAACUGGAACGAAGGUGGCGAUCGUGGUGGAAAUCGCGGAAACCGUGGAGGGCGUGGCAACUGGAGAGAUAACAACGAUGGUGAUGGCGGUGGAAACGAUGGUGGCCGAGGAGGACGCUUUGGAAACAGACGCAAUGAUCAAAGGAAUCAAAGACAUAAUGACUUUGGAGGAAAUCAGGAUGAACAACCGCAGCAGCAGCAGCAACAACAGCAAAAUCAGCCAAAUCAGCAACAGCAACAUCGUAAUGAGCAACCACAGAUGCAACAAGGAGGCCGAGGUGGCGGACAAGGAUUGAGGUGGGAUGAAAAUGAUGAAAACUGGGAUGAUGAUGUUCCGGUGGCCAAGAAGCGUAAUGUCGAUCCACCGAAGGAAGACAGACAACAACAACAGCAGCAACAAGAACAACCACAGCAGCAGCAACAGCAACAAGAACAUCGUGAAGAAAGGCAAGGCGGCGGCCAAAAGAACAAACAGUCGGAAUCGCACCUUGGUGAUGGAGGAGAUUGGGAUGAACCUAAGGAGGAACGAACUGAAGGCGGUAAAAAGCACGGAGGUGGUGGCACUCCUCUUUUCGAUGAAACGCAUUCCGGAGAGCAACAUCAACAGCAGCAGCAACAACAACAACCUCCUCAGCAGGAGCAGCAGCCACAGGAACAACAGCAGGAACCUGUGAGGAACCCUAGUCCUCCUCCGGUAGUGCGAGAACCUGAACCGGAACCAAGACAACCCUCGCCGGAACCGCAGCAACAUAGACCACAGUUGUAUUCCCCGUCUCCACCUCCUGCUGCAGUAGCACCACCUGCUGCCGAACCUGCAUUUGAAGCUCCAGCUCCGAAUCCAGAACCGACCCCGGCACCAGUAGUUCCAGUUUCGGAACCUCCGCAGCAAAUGGACGCCCCAGCUGUAGCAGAUACACCUUCUUCGGCUCCAGCAGCAGCAGCAGCAGAAGAAUCAGCCGCUCCCGCCGAGGAUGCCUAAACACUUGCAACACAUUCUAGUGCAUAUAUAAAGAAAUUAUCAACUUUACGGUAGGUUCACAUGAAAAAGAAAACCUCUCCCUUUUUACAUAGUUAAGUUCUAUGGAAUACAUUAAGGAUUACUUUAACGAAUGAAUGAAUUCGUUUACCAAUUGAUUUGUUCUAGGCAGAAGGCAUGUAUCAUUCAAUGGCAGUUUUAAGUUGUCAAAUCAAAUUUUUAAUAUAUUUCAACUCGAAUCUAUAAUGUUCCGUUUUUUUGGGGUUGCACUAUUUAAAAAAAACGAGGUUUAGCGUCCAAAGUACAAGAGACCGACAGCGUCUUGUGUUUAUUGCAAUAACCCAUACAUCGUAUAUUAUCGUUUUAUCUUCAAUUUCUCAAUUAUCGUUUUUAUACAUUUUUUCUGAGAUGGUCUUGGCUAUUUUCCCGAAUAUAACAGUCUUACCACAAACACAAUUACACCAUUUUGUUUACAAGUUUCUGUUGAUUCGUUUCUUGGCUUUCCAUGAAGUAAGAGAAGAAAAAAAGAUCAUCCUAUUUACCAACCGUUGUAGCAGUUCGGAAGUAACUGAUAACCUAGCAUUAUCCUAAAACUAUGAUAAAAAAGAAACUACCUACUCGUUAUUUGAUAAAACUUAGCAACAAAUGGAAAGGACUGUGAUAUGUUUCGUACUAAGUGUUUUUGAUUAAGUAGAUGCGUUUCAUCAUUUGAUUCAGUGGCAGAAGGAAGCAAAUACCUAAACGUUAGAACAAAUAUUUAUGAGCUAGUUUUCCUUAGGUCAGAGCAAUUAUUUUGUAUAAGAAAAUAAAUCCUAAAAGAGAUUAUCGUAAGAAAACGUUGCUUGUUUACAUGAGCCUAGUGAGAAAAGAACAGAUAUCGAUUAUAAGUGAAAGCGGAUAUGCACAACACAACAACACCAUGCGCAAAAAGGUAGGUCCAACUGCACCGUGGGAUCAUCGCGGGAAUUGCCCAGCGAGGGAGUAUCGGCGCGCUUGCACUCGAGUUGAGUGACUUGUGCAAGGUAUUGUGGAUAUAGCUUUCGUUUACCAUAUACACAUUUAUACUUCUUAUGAUUACUUAGUGAAAGUGAUUAUUUUUUUAUGUUUUGAUAUGACCGAUAUUUAUAACACAGAACGUGUACGUAGCAGAGCAAGCAGCGAGAUUAACCGAAAACAAAUUGAAUCAAACUAGAAAAUCGUACUAUACGAAUGCAAAUGAUGAAAUUGCUCUACCUAAUUAGGGAGCGACACAGCAAGAAACGAAAUAUCACAGUAGCUUUUCUCCUAAGGUGGGAUACAUUCUCGAUGGAAUAGAUACAUACUUCCUGCGCGUAAAUUUGUUCAACUGCAACCUAAAUAUUUGACAAACCUUACAUCAACUACGACUACGAUGUGUCAGCAAGAACAAAAUAAUAUAUGGUAUCAUAGCAGUAAAUCCAACAUUCAAUAAAUAAACAUUUACGUUACUCUAGAGUGGUUGACAAAAGACAA